AUGUAUGACAACAUCUCUGAUUUCGCAAGAUAUGAUGACGACCAUGACCCCGAACACGGUGAAGAAGAAGUUUUACAAACAUCCAUUAAGACAGGAAAGGUUUUAACUCAAAGUCUCAUUAUUGACACCAAAGAUGGCGAAGUGGACGUUCUUCAAGAGCUGAAGAAAAAUACUUCUUUGGGAGGUGGUGGUAGGUAUGAACUUGAAAUAAAUGAGAUAGAAGAGAAAUUAGCCGAAAAAGCAGAUAAAAACCAUGUUCAUUAUAUAAGUUCAGACGAACAGAUUAUAACGGACUACCAUGGAUAUUUAACACAGGAUGAACAAAUAAGCACUGAAGAUGUUAAUGAAAGAAGAUAUAAAUUCAUUCGUGCUAAAGGUUAUGACAUACACUGUACUGUACAGUAUGACACAGGUAAAGCACCAGAAGCAUUUGGUUAUAACAAUGAAAUUUAUGCUUCAUACUUCUUUGUUAACGGUGUAUUAGUUGAACCAAGAUUUACAUUGAGAGUUAAGGCAAAAAUAACUUUUGAAGAUGCUAUUAAAAGUAAAGCUGACAAAGAUGAACUUGACGCAACGAACAAAGUUUUGAAAUCUCAUAAACACAAUAUCUCCGAUAUAAAUGAACUUCAAGCUACAUUAAAUAGUAAAGCUGACAAGAACCAUAUACAUGAAUCCUUCACUACUGUUAGAGCAGACGACAUAAAAUCUUUAACUUUACAUAAAUGA